AUGCUGCUCCCCGUCUCUCUCUUUGCCCUCGUCCAGUCCUUCGUCCUACUUGCCGAGGCACAGCAGCAGCAGCUCGCUCUUGAUACCGUCCGAGACUUCAACUCCUCCAGCCUCCCCUCCCCACCCACAUUCUUCAUUUCUCCUUCUUCCGACUUCCGCCAUGUCUCUGUUGGCCUCUGCGCUUCCUCUGCCGGCGCACCGCGCUUCUUUGUCUCCAACGACUCCUCCAUUACCCACCCAGGCCCAGACAACGUGGACGGCAAAUCCGUGAUUGAGAUCUCCGUUGGGCCGGAAGGGUACGGAAGUUUUGCAGGCUUCUUCCCAAGGGGAGGCUUCUUUGCCAUCCAGGCCGGGAGCGUAAACACCCCAUUCGAGAUCCUCCUCAGCGCAGCCAACAGCACCAACCCCUUGUCUCCGUUCGCAAGCGAGACGACCGCGAAUCAAGCGAUCGUCUUCUCUCCAUCGUUUGACCCCCUCGACCCCCUCGAGCCCUCUUAUCCCAAUUACACCCUCCCCAGUGCGAACCUUACCCAAGGUAAUGCCCCCUCGCCCCCCAAGAAUUACACCCUUGUCUACGUCCCUACCGCCAACUCUCCCCUUGCCUCCGUCCUUCGCACAAACUGUGCUAUCCGCUCCGCCGCCCAGCAAUCAAACAGCGGCGCGAAAAUCUUGAGCUCCAAUUCCGCCACCCUUUGGCUGCGCGACGAUCAGGGCUGGAGAUGGGAAUGGUUCCUGGGCGGGAGCGAGGGAGGGCUUACGCCCAAGACCAACUAUACCAUGUACACCCUCCAGGACGGCACGAUAGCCGCUUCGAAGCCGGUCAUGUUCCUCACGAAGUCUGCCUCGUUCGCGUGCGCGCUCGUCCACCAACUGCCAUACUGCCCCGCCGUCGCCUACGCCGUCCCGUUGGCCGUCCCUCGUCCCCCGCAGGUCGCAUACACCGCCUCCACCCUCCCCUCUCCCGUCGGCGAGACGAUCGUCUCCGGCAUGUCCAACUUCACCUCCACGCUCACCACCCUCGCCUGCGGCCGCGACGACUACUCCCCGCUCGUGACCUGCGCCGACUGCCAGGCCGCGUACCGCACCUGGCUCUGCACCGUCUCCUUCCCGCGCUGCGGCGAGUCCAACCCGACCAGCCCGACGCCCCCCGGCGCGAGCCCCUCCACGGCCCUGUUGGGGGGCUCGAGCGCGCAGCAGGUGCUGCUGCCCGCCGUGCCCGCGCUGAAGACGGUGAACGCGAGCGCGGCGGCGCGGAACCCGGCGCUGCCCGCGUUCGGGGAGGCGUACGAGGUGCUGCUGCCGUGCCUGGAGGUGUGCAACGCCGCGGACCGCGCGUGCCCCGUGUUCCUCGGGUUCAAGUGCCCGCUGCCGGCGUUCACCGCGAGCGACAGCUACGCGGUCGGGUACGUCGACUCGGGGCGGGAGGGCGAGGUCGGGGGCGGUGCGACCGGCGGCGCGUGGGACGAGUUCGGGAACGUGUGGUGCAACGGGCCGUGA